AUGUCGACCAGCGCCAGCGAGAACAGGCAAGCCCAGCAGCAGGCGAGGCCCCCGGCGGUGGUGUCGUCGGCCGCGGACGACGCGGAGAUGCAGAGGGUGUUCGCCCGCAUCGACGCGGACGGCGACGGCCGGAUCUCCCCUUCCGAGCUGGCCGCGGUGUCGCGCGCCAUCUCCCCGCCGUCGAGCUCCUCGCACGGGCGCCGCGAGGUGGCCGCCAUGAUGGACGAGCUGGACACCGACCGCGACGGCUUCGUGGACCUCGGCGAGUUCAAGGCGUUCCACGCGCGCGGCGGCGGCGGCGGGGACGAGCUCGACGCCUCGCUCCGCGCCGCGUUCGACGUCUACGACGUCGACGGCGACGGCCGCAUCACGGCGGCCGAUCUGGGCAAGGUGCUCGCGCGCAUCGGGGAAGGGUGCAGCGCCGAUGAGUGCCAGAGGAUGAUCGCCUGCGUCGACACCGACGGCGACGGAUGCGUCGGCUUCGAGGAGUUCAAGAAGAUGAUGUGCCCCAACAGCCCCAAGCCGGCGCCACCGGGCCGGACAAGGCCAAGGAGUAACGGGUGUGUGCUCGGGGAGAAGAAGGGCUGGAGUGUCUCUGCCUCUAGCAUUAUUUUCACCUACUGUAGUCAGGAGGAAAUACUCCUGCAGUAA